AUGAUUGUGUCCUGGUCUUCGACUGGACCUACAGGCAUUGUCAACAUGGUGCAUCGACGGACGGUCUGUUUAAGAAUGUCCUCAACGCCCCAAGCCAUCACUUUCGAGCAGCUCGUCAAGGAGUGCGGUGAUCUCUACAGCACCCUCCAAGCAACCGCCGAGAAGGUGAAAGAAGAUUUCGCAGCGAUGCAAGUCGCUGUUGAGAAGAUCAUCGCUGAACAGGAAGAGAAAGAGAAUCAGGGAGACAGCGGCAUCCCACAAGGAGACAUUCCAGAAGAAAAGAAGGAGAAGGCAGUCCCACUCUGGCCGAUGGCACCGAUGGUCCAAAUCGCCGUGGCGAUCGUUGAAAUCGAGCGCACCCACCACAUCACCAUCGUGAUGGACACCACCCCAUACGAGUUUGGAAAUCGAGCUGCCCCGAACCAGUUGUUCCAGGUCAAGAACCGGACUGUAAUGAGAAAGAACCCACUCGAGGAGGAAGAUCCAUUCCCCUCCGCUUCAUCAGGAAAGCCAAAGAAAUCGGCAAAAAUCGCCAGUGGAUCCACUCAGGUGUGGACGCGUCAGACGGCAACCCGCAGACUCCGUUGCAAGUGCAAUCCCGCAUAUCACGGAGACACUCGCUGCCAGCACCAUGACAAGCUGAUGUGCAUGGCCCAUGGUAUCGGUGCAGCCCUGGCGGAGAUCAUUUGGCAAGGACAGCCAGUCGAAGGAGUCGUCCUCACGGAUGACCUCUUCGCAUAA